CCUCCGUAUCCACUAACGUGGUUAGAGCGUCAGACAUUCGUUUUUCGUCCUCUCAAUUUCGUAAACAACACCCCUUCCACGAGAAGGCAGGAAGUAGGACUUUCCUGUCAGUGGCUGUAUACACGUGGCCAAGUGAGAGCAUUUGGAGUGGGAGCGGACUCACCCUACCCUCGGUUGCACCAGAGCAUUUGGGGGUAAACCACCGAGCCCGACGUGACAUCAACAGAUUCUUUACUUGCUAAGUAGGUUUGUUUAUAUUUCUUCCGUUUAUACUUAUUGCGAGGAGUACGAGCAAGUUACCUGAGCCGAAACAAGUUAAUCGGUGUUAUGACAUACGACAUUGUGGUUGAUGUUUUGUUAAGUAAGAGUGGAACAAUGAGUCAGUGACUAAGGCGUUUGACUUUCAGCCACUAUGUCGCAGAUUGAAGUCUCUACAUCUAUUUGUGCUCCGUUAACCUGGUAGCAUCACUGAUGCUCACUUGGAGUAUGGGCUAAAGCCAAAUACAAAUUUUCACCUUGCAAAUGAAUUGGGACUUUUUACUGCAACCUAAAGUGCAUGUUUGUAUAGACUUUCAGUUCUUUGAAUGUGUAGUCUUUUAUAUAUUUAACUGUACUUAUUGAGUUCAACACAUUCACACAUUUUUCGUGAUAUUCAGCUUAUCGUACAGAGUAAACUACAUUAAGUGUUCCAUUUCCCAUUAUUUUAGAUUUGUUCAAAAUCAGAAGUAAAAUAAACAGUAACAUGGGACAGUAUGGAUAUGCUACUCCUUUCACGGACCAGUGGGGCUUGGAUCACGUUAAUAACCCACCAAAGAAUCCUUAUCUUGGUUACAACCAUCCAAAAAGUCAUCCUUAUCCCCAAAUUGUACCUGGAUCUUCAAAUCCACCAUUUCCACGUCCUGGAAGUCAACGUCUUGCUGCUGCUCAUCCACUACCUCCAUCAUCACCGCCUUCAUUUUUCGUUGCAAGAGGAUUUCAAAGUUCCAAUCAACAAGAAUCAAAUCACAAACUACAAACAAACCAUAUGAGUCGGCAUUCAAUGCCUAUGCGUUCUUCAUCUCCACCUCCAAGAAGUCGCUUGUCGCACAGCGGUCGGUCUGCGUCACUUGUUCGAUAUGAAUACAAUCAAUACGGUAAUUGUGAAGAGCAAAUUGUCUAUGACGAUGCUAAUCAGCCAUCAAAUUUGGAUCGUUCACCGUAUCUACGUCGUCAUGGUUCAAAUUCUACACGACCAUCUUUAGGAAGACCAACUCUCAGAGAUAGAUCUCUAGAUAGACAUCCAUCUCAACGACCUGAAGGAAUGCCUAGGUUACAGCCUCCGAGCUAUGAAAUGAGAUCUUUUAUGUCAAUGAGACGAGGUGAACCAGUUGGAGAUGAUGUAGAGAUGGAUAAUCUUCGUCCAAGAGCCCGACGAUCUUCAUUGGAAAGAUCCUUUUCUAGAGGAGAAGAUUCUUCAAAUCAUCAUGGUCUUCCUCAUUCCUCUGAAAGACCAUCGAGACAGUUUCCAAGUUACGAUAUGAAGACGUUUGCAACUCCAAGACGAGUCGAACAAGAAGAUGGUGUAGAUAUAUUUGAAUAUGGUCCAAGAGAAGUACGACGUUCAUUUGAUAGACCACCUUCUCACAUAGACGAUUCUCCUUUGAGCUAUUCUGUUCAUCGUCAUUCUGAAGAGAAACGAAGAUUACAGCCACCAAAUUAUGAAAUGAGAUCAUUUACUACACCGAAACGAGGUGAAUUAAGAGAUCCAAUGGAAAUAGAUCCAUACGGAGUCAAUCAUCCGCGGUCAAUACGUGACGUUCCCAUGAAUUACGAUAAUCGUGAUGAGAGGCCUAAAUUUCAGUUUCCAACUUAUGAUUUGAAGGCAUUAGUUACUCCUAGACGUGGUGAACAAGACGAUGGUAGGAUCCAUCCUGAUAUGUAUAGUUCCUACAGACCCCGACCCCCACCACCACCACCUUCAAUGCGUACUUCACACGGUGGGCGCAGGUCCAUGACAACCGAGAAUCGUCAGUCUCCGCCACUACCAGCUAUUCCUCCUGUUCGUGAGCGCAAAUCGAUGGAAAAUCGUAGUCAUGAGAAAAGAACAGUACCGUUGUAUUUCUUAAAGAAACCCUUUGACAAAAGUACUAGAAUUUUAUGUGCUAAAGAUAGAAUUGAUAGAGCUAAAGAAGGCAUACUUAUUCGAAGAGUACGUCCACAUCGUAAAUAUUGCGAUAUUUGUGAAAGACGAUUUACAACGAGGUUGAAAUUGGCCAAACAUUUACAGUCUGAACCUCAUAAUAAGAAUCUAAAUUUGUUUAAAGAAACAAUCGCUAAAAUUAAACAAGACGAAGGUGAUGAUUCCUCCACACUGAAUGACUGUUAUGAAGGGAAAACACCUAAAAUCUAUUGUGGUAUAUGUAAAGAAACAUUCAUCAAUAAAACACGUUAUAUGGAACAUUUAAAAUUCAGACGACAUAAAGUUAAUUCUCGAAUUUAUGAGGUAUAUAAAGCAAUAAAAAAUAAUACAGAGGAUAAAACUAUAAAACUACCAUCUGAUGAUCCAUUGGAAUCAUUUUGUCUUUAUAUGAAUUCAGAUGCGCAUACUACUUUGUUUGGUGAGAAAGCGGAGGAAACUACCAUUACUACUACUAGUAGUGAUAAUAAUGAUAGUAAUACAGUGUCUUCUACUGUUCCAGACUUCUCUAAACAAAAGAUAUUCAUGCGUAAAUAUUUAGACUUAAGACAUUUAUUGUAUGAAGAACCUGGUCCCGCAGGUGAAGAAUACAUAGACGAGUUGGAUCAAUCAGCGGUAAAAGAGAACAAACUAUAUUGUUGCUCACUUUGUAAUAUGAAUAUAUCCGGUGUGGAUAAGUUAGAAAAUCAUUUACAUAGUGUUGCUCAUCAAGAACAGUAUAAAUCACGUGUUGAUCCACAGUGGAUUGUUCAAAAACCUGUUGCAUUAUUAUCAUUCAAUGAUGUAGUCUUUGAUGUUUGGAAAGCUUGUAGAGAUAAACAUUCAAGAGAUAUGCGAACUGUCGAACGAACUAGUGUUAAUCUACAAUGUGUAUGUUCUUAUGACAUCAAAACUUUCGAUCAAUUUAAACAACACUAUCCAAAAAUAUUUCCACAAAAUAUUGUUGUAAAAGAUUCAGAUAUGCAUGCUGCAGCUGAGAAUGCUCGAAGAAUUCGUAGUUACAGAAAUAUUUUUCGUGAAUGCAUUAAUAUAUUGAAGUUGUUCACUUUACCGAGUGAGACCAUCGCAGCGAAACGAGCGUUUGCAAUGAAAGCAGCCAAAGCCAGAAGUUUUAAUAAUACCAAUAAUGCUAAAGUGUCAUCAUCACCAACACGAUCACCCCCACCGUCGACGACAACACCAACUGAAUCAUCUCAUUUGGACAAACCAACUCUGCAAUCUUCUGCCAUAAAAGAGGAAAAUAAGGAUAAAGAGGAACUAGUUAAUUCGUCAAUGGAUACUAGUCUUCCUGCUCCUCCGGCUACCGUUGCAGUCAUCACUACUCAAUCCGAAUGA